AUGAGCUCAGAUGCUGAGAUGGCUCAGUUCGGGCCGGCGGCCGUCUUCCUCCGCAAACCUGAGAAAGAGCGAGUGGAAGCUCAGAACCGGCCGUUUGACGCCCGAACGGCCUGUUUUGUUCCCAACGCCAAAGAGCUCUACAUCAAAAGUGUAAUCCAGAGCAGAGAAGGGGGCCAAGUCACUGUGAAGACCGAAGCUGACGAGACUGUAACAGUCAAAGAGGAAGAUUGCCAUCCGAUGAACCCCCCAAAGUACGACAAGAUAGAGGACAUGGCCAUGAUGACCCACCUCAACGAGCCCUCCACCUACUCGGGGCUCUUCUGCGCGACGGUGAACCCCUACAAGUGGCUACCAGUGUACGACCCCCAGGUGGUGGCGGCCUACAGGGGGAAGAAGCGCAUGGAGGCCCCGCCCCACAUCUUCUCUGUGUCCGAUAACGCUUAUCAAAACAUGCUUACAGAUUUGCUGGAAAAGUCAAGAGUAACUUUCCAGUUGUCUGAAGAAAGGAGCUACCACAUCUUCUACCAGAUCAUGACAGGACACAAGGCCGAGCUCAUAGAGGAGCUGGUGGCAACCGACACGGCCACCGACAUCCUGGGCUUCACCGGAGAAGAGAAGAUGUCCAUCUACAAGCUGACGGGGGCCGUGGCCUUCCUCAUGGGGCUGAACUCGGCCGACCUCCUGAAAGGCCUUUGCUACCCCCGAGUGAAAGUGGGGAAUGAAUAUGUCACCAAGGGCCAGACGGUCCCACAGGAGAAGAAAUCCCUCCAAGAGGCCCAUCAGCAAACGCUGGACGAUGUCCAAGUAGAGGAAGACAAAGUCAACUCCCUGACCAAAGCCAAGAGCAAGCUGGAGCAGCAAGUGGAUGAUCUUGAGGGCUCAUUGGAGCAAGAGAAGAAGAUCCGCAUGGACCUGGAGAGGGUUAAGAGGAAGCUGGAGGGGGACCUGAAGCUAGCGCAGGAAUCCCUGAUGGAUCUGGAGAAUGACAAGCAGCAGUCUGAGGAGAAAAUGAAGAAGAAGGAAUUUGAAAACAGCCAGUUACAGGGCAAGAUUUCAGAUGAGCAAGCCAUAAAUAACCAGCUCCAAAAGAAGAUGAAGGAGCUCCAAGCUCGCAUAGAGGAGCUGGAGGAGGAAGUCGAGGCCGAGCGAGCAGUCCGAGCCAAAACUGAGAAGCAGAGGUCCGACCUGACCAGGGAAAUGGAGGAAAUCAGCGAGAGGCUGGAGGAGGCCGGCGGGGCCACGUCCGCCCAGAUCGAGAUGAACAAGAAGCGCGAGGCCGAGUUCCUGAAGCUGCGGCGGGACCUGGAGGAGGCCACGCUGCACCACGAGGCCACGGCCGCCGCCCUGCGCAAGAAGCAGGCCGACGGCAUGGCGGAGCUGGGCGAGCAGGUCGACAACCUCCAGAGGGUCAGGCAGAAGCUGGAGAAGGAGAAGAGCGAGCUGAAGAUGGAGUUCAACCUGGAGAAGAUGACUCGCACACUGGAAGACCAGGUCAUGGAGCUGAGGACCAAAAACGACGAGAACGCCCGGCAUAUCUCAGACCUGUCCAGUCAGAAAGCUCGUUUUCAGACUGAGAACGGUAACUCCGCUCCGCCCUCUGCUGCUCCUCACCAGGGACCAGCUCCCACUGAAAAAUGGCUUUUUUCUCGAAAUAUGCCGAUUGUAGGUGAGCUCUCCAGGCAACUGGAGGAAAGAGAGAGCCUCGCGAAGAAUGCUUUGGCUCACAGUCUGCAGUCGGCUCGCCACGACUGCGAUCUCCUCCGCGAGCAGUUCGAAGAGGAGCAGGAGGCCAAAGCGGAGCUGCGGCGCUGUUUGUCGAAGGCCAACACCGAGGUGUCUCAGUGGAGGAACAAAUACGAGACCGACGCCAUUCAGCGCACCGAGGAGCUGGAGGAGGCAAAGAAAAAACUUGCUCAGCGUCUCCAAGAGGCCGAGGAGCAGAUCGAAACGGUGAACUCCAAGUGCGCCUCGCUGGAGAAAAGCAAGCAGCGGCUGCAGAACGAAAUGGACGACCUGAUGGUGGAUGUGGAACGAUCCAACAACUCAGCCGCCACGCUGGACAAGAAGCAGAGGAGCUACGACAAGGUUCUGGCCGAGUGGAAGCAGAAGCACAAGGAGUCUCAGGCGGAGCUGGAAAGCACCCAGAAAGAGUCCCGAUCUCUGACCGCGGAGCUGUUCAAGCUGAAGAACUCUUACGAGGAAGCCCUGGACCACCUGGAGACCAUGAAGAGGGAGAACAAAAACCUGCAGCAGGAGAUCUCAGACCUGACGGAACAGCUGGGAGAGACUGGAAAGACGAUUCAGGAGCUGGAGAAAUUCAAGAAGCAGGUGGAGACGGAGAAAAGCGACAUGCAGGCGGCCCUGGAGGAAGCUGAGAUGGACCUGAGCCAGAUCAAAGCCGAGGUGGACCGCAAAGUGGCGGAGAAGGACCAGGAGAUGGACCAUCUGAGGAGGAACGGCCAGAGGGCGAUGGAGUCCAUGCAGGCCACGCUGGACGCCGAGGUCCGGAGCCGCAACGAGGCCCUGAGGGUGAAGAAGAAGAUGGAGGGGGACCUGAACGAAAUGGAGAUCCAGAUGAGUCAUGCCAACAGGCAGGCGGCCGAGGCCCAGAAACAGCUGAGGGGCGUUCAGGGGCAGCUCAAGGACGCCCAGAUGCACCUGGACGAGUCUCUGCGGGCGCAGGACGGCCUGAGGGAGCAGGAGGCCGUUCUGCAGCGCAGAGCCGCUCUGCUGCAGGCCGAGCUGCAGGAGGUCCGGGCCGCUCUGGAGCAGACGGAGCGCAGCCGCAAAACGGCCGAGCAGGAGCUGCUGGAGGCCAGCGAACGCACCGGACUCCUGCACUCACAGAACACCAGUCUCUUGAACACCAAAAAGAAGCUGGAGGCAGAUGUGAACCAACUUCAUGGGGAAGUCGAGGAGGCAGUUCAAGAAGCCAGAAACGCCGAGGAGAGGGCCAAGAAAGCCGUAACCGACGUAAGGCUCAGCUCAGUUCGUUUUUGCGUCCUAAAGGGAGCAGUGAUGGAGGAAAUGGGUGUUCCUGUCGGACUCCCGCAGGCCGCCGUGAUGGCGGAGGAGCUGAGGAAGGAGCAGGACACCAGCGGCCACCUGGAGAGGAUGAAGAAGAACCUGGAGGUCUCCACGGAGAUGAACUCGUUCGGUGGUAAGGAGACGGAGGAGUCGGUGGAGAUAGAAAACAGAGCUCUUCGGGAAGCUUAA